AUGUCCAAAUCAAUCACUUAAGUAGAAGCUUUUUGGGAUAAUUAUUCAGAUGAGUACACAACCUAUGACCACGGGGCUAACGUAUUUUAUCUAUCUUUACUAAAUAUGCUAAAGAUUGAAAAGAGAAAUUCCAUUCUUGAGGUAGGAGCAGGUGCUGGUUUCUUAUAUUCACAUACUUUAAAUCGCAAAAAACCUGAAGCAAAAUACACUGCCACUGAUGUAUCAGUAAAGAUGCUGUAUUAAAUGUGCAAAAGAUUAAAAAUUGAAGGUGAUUUGACUAAUGGAUUAUAUAAUGAGAAGUACAAUUUAGCAAUUGAAAAGGUUAAUGGAGAGACAUUACCUUACUCGGAUGGCACUUUUGAUUGUUAUAUUGCAAACUUAUGUUUGUAACUUACCCCUGAUCCUUAAAAAAUGUUAAAUGAAUCUUAUAGAGUUCUUUAAAAGGGAGGUGUUGUAGGAUUUACAGUUUGGGGAGAAUAAGAUAAAUCAAUAUGGUCAAUUAUUCCUGGUAUACUAAAAUAAUUUGACAUAUAAAUGGAUGAAGGAACAACCCACUUCUAGUUAAAUGAUAGAAGUAAAUUGAUAAAGAUGUUGGAAGAUACAGGAUUUACCAAUGUAAUUACUUGGUAUUAAUUUUCUCCCUAUAGCUUUAUCAAUGAUGAGGAUAUUGAAACAUUUUUGAAUUUAUCAUAUAAUGUCUCCAUCCUCAACUUAGCUGGAGAUAAAAAAGAAGAAGUGAAGCAGAAGGUUGUUGAAAAGUUUAGAGACAUUUUCUUUGUUUAGAAAUAAGCUGUUGGACAUGGUGGCUUACUUAUAAUUGGAACAAAAAAUUGA